AUGCUCACCAGCCCCACCUCCCCGUGUGCCGUGACGGCCUGGAUGGAUGCCACUCGCCUCCGGCACUUGCCCCGAUUGCUUGUUGAAGGCUACACGGGGAUCUCCGUCUCUUUUGCGUGUACGCAGGGCCCUCUCGGAGAGAAGGGAGAUCGGGGCGAGGCCGGGAACGCGGGCACCCCGGGGCCGGCGGGCGGCCGUGGGCAGAUAGGGGAAGAUGGCCCCAAGGGCCACCCUGGCCCCGUGGGAUUCCCCGGAGACCUGGGAGUGCCGGGCGAGCCGGGACCCCCGGGGCAAGACGGCGCGCCGGGCGACGCUGGAGACAAGGGUGACCCGGGAGAGCCGGGAUCUCCGGGACCGACGGGAGAAGCCGGACCACCGGGUUCCCUGGGCAAGAGGGGCCCGCCGGGGCCACCUGGGCCAGAAGGCCGCACGGGAAUGAAAGGAGCGAAGGGAGAGCUGGGCCCCGAUGGAUUACCGGGUCGCCUCGGUCCGGCUGGGCCUGUGGGCCUGCCUGGGCCGCCAGGCCUGGACGGCCUCAGAGGCAUUCCAGGUCCUCCGGGGAGCCUCGGGUCGCCGGGGUCGAUCGGACAGAACGGACCGCCGGGACCCAUGGGACCUCCGGGUCUUCCCGGACUGAAGGGCGAGCCCGGCACCAAGGGUGAGAAGGGCCACCCGGGGCUCAUCGGACUCAUCGGCCCCCCGGGAGAUCAAGGGGAUAAGGGGGAUCGUGGAGAGCCCGGUGUCGGGGGUCUCCCGGGGCCCAAGGGAGAAGUUGGAUUUUCUGGACCAUCAGGACCUGUAGGCCCGGGUGGACCUCCAGGACUUCCGGGCCCGCCAGGACCAAAGGGUGCCAAGGGUUCAACGGGGGCAUCCGGUCCCAAAGGUGAACUGGGCCCCCCAGGAGCUCCCGGCCCUCCCGGACCUCCCGGCGACGUCAUCAACCCGUUCCCGCUCAUGGGCGAGCUCCGGUCGCGCCGAUCGGUGGACGCCAGCCUGCCCAUGGACGGGGAGCGGCUUCCCUUCUCCGAUUACGGCGAGGCGCCGGCCGGCCGGGGUCGCGACGCCGCCGCCGGCGCCGGCGGCACCGGCGCCAACCGGGUGGCCGAUCCGGAUCCGGACGCCUACCUGGACUACGAGGACGGCAUGGAGGAGAUCUUCGCGUCGCUCAACUCGCUCAAGAUCGAGAUCGAGCAGAUCAAGCACCCGCUGGGCACGCAGAGCAACCCGGCGCGCACCUGCAAGGACCUGCAGCUCUGCCACCCGGACUUCCCCAACGGAGACUACUACAUCGACCCGAACCAGGGCUGCUCCGGAGACUCCUUCAAGGUUUUCUGCAACUUCACCAGCGGCGGAGAGACCUGCGUCGUGCCGGAUGAGCGCACGGCCUCGGUGAAGAUGUCGUCGUGGCCUGGGGAGACCCUGGGCACGUGGUUCAGCGAGUUCAGCGACGGUCACCCGCUCUCCUACGUGGACCUGGACGGCAGGCCCGUAGGCGCGGUGCAGAUGACGUUCCUGCGGCUGCUCAGCUCGUCCGCCCGGCAGAACGUCACCUACCUGUGCCGAGACGCCGUGGCGUGGGUGGACGCGCACGGCGGGGCCGGCUCUCCGCACGCUCGCUCCGUGCGGAUGCUCGCGGCCAACGACGAGGAGAUCUCGCACGACGCGAGCCCCUACGUGCGGGCGCUGCACGACGGGUGCUCGGAGCGGAAGGGCGAGGGCCGCACGGUGCUGGAGGUCUCCACCCCCCACGUGGAGCAGCUGCCCAUCGCGGACCUCAUGCCCGGAGACCUCGGAGGUCCUGGGCAGCAGUUUGGCUUCCAGCUGGGGCCCGUUUGCUACCUCGGCUAGAGGGCCGCCCCCUCUCGCUCCCCCUCCUUCAAUCCCUAAUUCUCUCACCUCCUUCAAUCCCUAAUUCUCUCACCUCCUUCAAUCCCUCAUUCCUUCACCUUGAUCAAUCCCUCAUUCCCUCCCAUCGCAGUCUUCCAUGCCCAUCACAACCCUCCUCCCUUCCCUCCCUUCGUCCCUCCUCCCUCGCCCAGACGAUGCAAUCACUAAAAGAAAACGGGCGUGUUCGUAAACUUGUAAGGCACGGAGUUACACACGGCGUGCAUAAACCACAGCGAAGGAAUUUUAAAGUCGAGAUAUGAUUUGAAUGAUUAAAGUAAAAUGUUGUUCGUACCUGUGUGCAGGUGCGAGGCCAGGUCAAUUAUUUUAUUUUUACAAGGUUGUUUUUUGUUGUUAAUAUCCUCCAUUAUUAUUAUUAUUAUUUGUCGGCGUUAUUGUUAUUGCUGUUGAUGUUUGUUCCUGUCAAUGGUAAUGGACCUUACGAUUCUUUCUUAAAAACACCUUUUUUUUUUGGAGGUCACUUUACUGCGACCCAUCCCGACUUGUUUGAGAAGACACUUGAAUUUGCGAAAUCGCCCUCAUCGUCGUCGUCGUUGUUGCCAGGACUACCACUACUGUCUCGGUAACCGUCGUCUCAACCCGCCGAAGAAAAAUCCCAGGCGCCUGAAGAAAAUCUUGAAAAAGAUGUCGACUUUUUUUUUAUUAUCUCGGGACCCGCCGAGAAAAAAUUUCGAUACACAAUUCACAAUUUCCAAAGUUCAUUUCACACGCAGGGACGUCUUUUGGUUUAAAGCCCUUAAACCAAAAUUUUAAAAAAAUGGCGGCCGUCACAACCCCGUGAUCACGUGACCUCCGCUCCGACCAAUCGGGCGCGGGGCCUUCCGCACGCGACCGUGACUCUUGCGUCGUCAGGCCAAUGUUGACCCAAAGGUGCCAACCGCGUGCCAGCGUCCACCCCCGCCCCCCAACGGUUGGCACGGUUGCUGUGCCAACCUCACAGGAUGGGCGGCUCGCAAAGCAGCACGUGACGGAGUCAGAUGAGCAGACAGACAUGAGACAACGGGGGAGGGGGGGGGCGGUACCUCGCAUCCGGAUUCCCGCUCUCGCGUAGAGAGGGGAACGACGCGAGCGGGUGGAGCGGGAAGGCAGCGGAAGGCACGCGGGGCGAGCGCUGGCCCCGAUCAAUCGCCCAAGCUCUGCCGUCCCCUAUCUAUAUAUGGCAAAGAUAUUCCCAGGCCAAUUGAGCGGUUUAUACCUGGCAGGAAAGCGGAGCGCCCGACAAAGGGAGACCCCACGGCGCAAUGCGACUGGGGUGUCAAACACUGUCCCCCACGGAUGGCGCCCCAAAUGUUUCCGGCUACCGCCUUGCUUGCCACCCAAACGGGGUUACGCAACAUCUGCGUGUGGUGAUUCAUCAACCCUCGCCGCCGCCGCUGCCGCUGUUGUUAACCUCCGCACGGCCACGGUGCUGUUAACUUUACAGUCAGCCGGCAGCAGCCACGUGCAGCAUUGUAGCCACCGCCACCACCACCACCACCGUCGUCGUCGCAUUCAUUCAUCUCAACCUGCCCACGAUGAAGAUCGCUGCGUGCGGUAGCCAGUGCCGUCGAGCGCCCGUGCUACCCGCGCCGGCGGCGGCAGGAGAGUUUGGGUCGUGGUUUUUGAGACGAUACUUUAAAAAAACAAUGUAAUUCUGUAGAGGGGACAUUGUCUGCUUGUCUGUCCUGGUCACGUGUAUCUCUUGCGCACUGGUCGGCUGUUUUGGUCCACAGUUCGUUCGACUAUUCGAUCGACUAUUCGGUCGACUCUUCGGUCGACUAUUCGGUCGACAAUUCAUUCGACAAUUUGGUCGACUAUUUACUUCGUGUUACAGAUACCAUGGUGCUGCCCUCCCCCCCACCCAACGCUAUGCAGUUUAUUUGUGUGCCAUAGUUAUCCGUUGAUGGUGCUAACACAAAGUCGUGUUGAAAAAUUUGGAAGUAUUUUUUCAAUUGUAAAUUUGCAUCUUUAAAAAAAAAAAUAUCGUCGUUUAUUAUUGUUAUUGAUAAUAAUUACGUGUAACAUUAUUAUUGCCGUCGUCGUUGUCGUCGUCGUCGAUGUCAUUGCUUUGCAAUACAUUGGUUGGGUUUUUC